GAAGGUGUGGUUUUCACAAGUCAGAAAGAGCAUAUGUUAACCAAGCAGGCAUCUAAACAGUGCAACACAACUUGUCUCCUCACAAACAGUGCAACACAACUUGUCUCCUCACUCCUCGGUCGACAGCUUACUUUGCCUUUUCUUAUCAAAAUGGACACUGCUUUUGAUAACCUGGAUGCAGCUGGUUUCCUGGAAAUCUGGCAACACUUUGAUGCAGAUGAUAAUGGCUACAUUGAGGAUAAAGAGCUUGAUGACUUUUUCCGUCACAUGAUGAAGAAAAUAAGUCCAAAGGAUAAAGUGACUGAAGAGAGGGUCCAGAGGCUUAAGCAAAGGUUUAUGUCCGCCUACGAUGAAACUGCUGAUGGGAAACUACAGAUUCAGGAAUUGGCCAAUAUGAUCCUCCCUGAAGAUGAGAACUUCCUGUUAAUUUUCCACAGAGAAGCUACGCUGGACAACAGCGUUGACUUUAUGAAGAUAUGGAGGAAGUACGAUGUUGACUGCAGCGGCUACAUAUCAGCUCGGGAGCUCAAGGCUUUCCUGAAAGAUCUCUUUCAAAAUCAUCAAAAGGAAGUGUCAUCUGAUAAACUGGAGGAAUACACAGACACAAUGAUGAAAAUCUUUGACAAAAAUAAGGAUGGCUCUCUGGACUUGAAUGACUUGGCCAGGAUCUUGGCUUUAGAGGAGAAUUUCCUUCUCCAGUUCCAAAUGGAUGCAUGCGGGAAAGACGAGAGAAAGAGAGACUUUACGAAGAUCUUUGAACAUUACGAUGUUAGUAAGACUGGAGCGCUGGAGGGUCCAGAGGUGGACGGCUUUGUCAAAGACAUGAUGGGCCUGGUCAGGCCCAAUCUCACAGGUCCUGAGCUGGACAAGCUGCGAGGCGUUCUGCUGCGUCACUGUGAUGUCAACAAGGACGGAAAGAUCCAGAGAAAUGAGCUGGCUCUGUGUCUGGGAGUCAAACAUAAACUCAGUUAAAGAGCUAUUUCAUGAGAAUGUAUCAUGAAACACCGACUCUGUAUAGCUAUCAAUGGUCGAAAGUGUUGUUUUUAUCCAGAUCAGUCUAAUUUCUGGGUUAUUUAAGGUCAAAACACAUAAAGUUAAUUGAUCUGAAAAUGUUUAAAAAAACAAAACGAUUUGAUACAUUGUCAAAAAUGAAUUAAAUGACAGCUUUUUUGUGCAUGAUGCAGUCCAAAAUGAAAGGAAUGAGAUGUAAUUGUGCCCAAUUGACUGUCUGUGCUGUGAGAUGUGUGCUCUAAUAAUCAGUUGGGUGGUGCUGCAGUACCUAUUACUGUCGUUUCGCAAUUUGCAUGUUUAUCUGACACAGAAGGCUGAAAUAUAAUAUGUUGUUGUGAUUUUAAUAUAUUGCUCUGAAAAGGAAAUAAAACAAGACAUAAUGCUGA